ACCCCCGCCAACACCAAAUAGAAAUCAUUAAAGAGCCAUCCGCUUCUUGUUUAUUUACAUUUAUAUAUGCAGUGACGUUGGUGUGCUCCUCUUUUGGGGAUCCCUAGAUUAUGAAAGGCUGAAACACACACACACAGAAUAGUACUGGAUGUUACGCACACUUAGAACACACUUAGAAUCAGUCUUGAAUUAGACAUUGCUUUGUAAAAUAUGCAAGUGUUAAGUAUAAAAGUGUUAUUUCGCAUUCAUGUUAAUGUAUGUCAACUUACUUUAAUAAACAAAGUCACGUGUCAUGACAUCAGCAGUUGAGAGCUCGGCGCGAGGACGGAGGACGGCGCUCGCGAGCUCAACAACGGGUUUUAAAAUAGACCGAACUUCCGCUCGAGCCGGUCGCCGCGCUGUCUUUAGCUUAGCGCGCUUCUCCGGCAACAUGUCGGCUAACAAUGCGGGCGGGAAGGUUAACGUCAGCCAUUCAUUAAACAACAAAAAUGUUUCUCUUCCCAUGUCACGCGUGAAACUGAUCAUGAAAAGUUCUCCGGACGUUUCUAGCAUUAACCAAGACGCUUUAUUUGUAACCACCAAAGCGACGGAGCUAUUUGUUCAAUAUCUAACACAGUGUUCAUUUAAAAAUGGCUCUGGAAAGGAGAAAAACACGCUAGCGUACAGUGACCUGGCUAAUGCCGCCGAACAGUCGGAGAUAUUUCAGUUCCUCACAGAUAUCUUGCCAAAAAAGAUCUUGGCAAAGGAUUACCUGAGGUCUUUGGAGGAGAGAGCUGAAGACGAAGACAGUGAUUAAUACAGGAAAGUGGAUUGCAUAGGGAUCCUGGGCUUCAUCUUCACCUUCUCUUGUUGCUUUUGUGAAUGAACACAUGAGCACAUUUGUACCGAUCUAGCUGGAUAUCCAAAAUGGAUUUUAACCUGUAUGUAUACACAACCAUUUGUUUAGAGGAUGAUUUGUUUGACAAGUAGUGUGACUGUCAAGCAGAAUGCUAUACAGAUGAUUGGCUUAGCCAUUUCACUGUUAACCACUGUAGUGUAGCAGGGAAAUCAAAUUGUGUGUGAUACAGAGGGAUAUAAAUAAUGUAAAUGAAAUUGUGUGUUAACCUGUCUUUCAGAAAGCGAAUAAUCAACUGAUACUCUAUUAAUACUCUAGUUGCCAAAGAGUAGCUUUCACUAACCUUUUGGUGAUAACCAUGUCUGAAUUUUCUUGCCUGUAAAAAUUUUGAAUGUUCUGUCAUUGGUUUUCUUAAGGCAAAAAUGCACCUUUUUAAGGUCACUUUUGUACAGGAAUGUGUUACUUUUAAAUAGGACAGAUUUAUGGGUUUAAAUACCCAGUACAAUUUGUGAGUUGUCACAUACUCAGGAACAAAAAAAUGUAGCCUUGUGGGAUAGCCUUUAAUUGACUAAAAGCACGAAUGUAGAGAAGCAUUACCAUUGUAUGUUUAGAGCAUGGGAUGCUCAAAACUGGAGAAGAGCUUUAAUCCAUCUGAUCUUAUGUACUACCUCAAGUCACCUGUGCCCAGUACAGAUGGACAACAAUCAGUUAAGGAGUCGUGUGAAAUGACACUGGUUUAAUUAUCACUGUUCUCCAGGUGGGUUCGCAGAAAUGGAUAAUUCAGGGUUAUAGUAAAUGCUUGGAUUAGUGCAUGGGGCUUAAAGGACUAGUGCUUUAAAGAGGGGUUCCUGAAUCCUUUUUUAGCAUAUACAUGCAGCUGUUAUUUCUACUUAAAGAUGUGAAUAAUUGUGUAAUUAAUAUAGCUUUCUGUGCUUGGCCUGUGGGUUUAAUGUAGAUCCAGGAGAGAUUAGUUUAACCCAUGAGUAAGAAGGAAAAUUGUGUUCAGUCCUUCACUGAUUGGUUUUACCUAAUUUACACAGAGUGAUUGGCACAUGCAGGAUUUCAAAGUCUAAUCACAGCUAUUGCUGCUUUAAUGGGAGCUGUUAAUCCCACAUAUAGACAUCUUUUGUGAACAGGGCUGGGAACCCCUUGAUUUGAAGUGUCAAUUUGUGAGUAUGUAUUUCUAUGUACCACGGAUGGGAAGAUCAGUCUUCAGGGGCAGGAGAAGCUGUUUAAUCCCAGCACCCUGACAUCAGGACCACUAAAACGGUGCCAUAUGCAGUUGUCUGUAUCUGCUGGUGUUUGACAAUAUGGUUUUGUAUCUACUUUUGAGGAGAGCAAAAAUUUUGUCUACAUCUGAAAACUUUGAAGUCUGUUAAACUCAGUAGCUAAGCAUUAUGUAUAAAAUGUUAUACAUCUCUUAUGUCUUCCACCUCACUAUGGGUAAACAUUCAAUGUAACUAAAAUCUGGAGAAAUUAAUUGUAUACUUAGGUUUGUUUUCCUUCUCUCUAAUUUGGAUUCCACUGAGCAGUACGCUUCAAAAUUCAAAGGGAGACAUGACAUAAUUUAAGUCCUUCUUUUCAAAAGGCACUAUAUAAAACAAACAAAAACUAGAAUAAGAUGACAAAACAAUUGUAUUAAUAGCAUAAGAAAUGUUACAUACAACUGGAAAAUGGUAAAGCAAAAUAAGUACAAACCUAUAAAACAUCCUAACAAUGUCAUUUUAAAUCCCCAUGCAUCCCACACAUCAGUUGACAGCCUGAUGUCAUAAAACAGUGACCAGCUUUUAAACAAAAGGGCUAAAGAAUAUUUUGAAAUUGAAUUCCUUGCAUGCUUAAAACCCCAACAUUUUAUGCAUGACUUGGUGUUUGAGCCAUUAACCUAAAGAAUUUGUGAAUUGCUCAUCUCAAGCUGUUUUGUUCCUAGAUGUAGUCAUUUGUGCAGCCACGUUUAGUACAAUGUCUUUUAAACCAUAUUUUAUGACAUUUCUUCUAACAACUUUGUAAUAAAAUAUUAGGUGUAA